AGCCCGGUUUGACUGCCGUGGACUGCCUCCCGUUGCAUUGUGGGAUUUGUAGUCCAGUGAGACCUAUGAGCUCCCUGGCUGAGCGUUCUAAAUGCCCCCUCGUCAAACUGCGAAUCCCAUCAUGCAACAGGAGGCAGCUAGAGCUGUUAAGGUAGAAUGGCGGCACUAUAAGAACAUGGUAGUCAAUGAAGGCCUGCCUUUUCCGGUCUGUGGGCGCCUGGAGCCACCAAAGAGGGCCUAAAUGGAGGCUUGCCUGCCUCCCUGCCUCCCUUCCUGAAGUGGGACCUGGGCUGAGCCUAUGAGAGGAGCCCCAGAGGAGUCUGCCUUGGACCACUGUGCCUCACAGGGAGCAGAAGGGAUGGAGCAAGUUGAGCCCUGCUUCUUUUCUCUCUCCUUUAAAUAGAGAGAAGACCAGGUUGCCUCAUUGACCCAGACUCUAAAUAUGUGUCUUAUGAAAGCUGGGAAAACCAUGAUGUAAAGGGAAGAGGAGGCAUCUUGGGUGGCUGAGCAGAGCAAGGAGAAGGAAGCAGGGGCUCACCUUCUCAGAGGGUCCAGGUAAUUCAAGCAUAAUUUGACAUGGACACUUUUGCUAGCCACAGCUGUCAUCUGCUUCAGCAACUCCAUGAUCAACGAAUUCAAGGACUUCUUUGUGAUUGCAUGCUUGUGGUCAAAAGUGUUUGCUUCAAAGCACAUAAAAAUGUCUUAGCUGCUUUUAGCCAAUAUUUCAGGAACCUGUUUCAAAAUUCUUCAGGUCAGAAGAAUGAUGUCUUCCACUUGGAUAUUAAAAAUGUAGGUGGCAUAGGCCAGAUCUUGGACUAUAUGUACACGUCUCAUCUUGACCUCAACCAGGACAAUGUACAAACUUUGUUGGAUAUUGCACAGGGUUUGCAAGUGCAGAAUGUUUUGAACAUGUGCCGCUCCUUUUUGCAAUCCACCACAGCUGUUGAACAGCCAGCCACUAUGCCUUGUAACAGUGUCUUUUCAUUGCAAAAUACUUUGGCUCCAGAUAUGAAUCGUGCAAGUGAUAGUGCUAAUUUACUAAAUGUAUGUUCAUCGGGUGAGCAGCCUUGUAAAGGUUUGGAUGAUCAUAAUCUACAUGAGUCACAAUCCAUUGCACUUCAUAUGUCAUCUAAUAAUCUAAACAACCAGAAGCAGGAUUCCAGAGAUGCAGAUUGCACGGGUCUUUCAUUUAAACAGCCAACUUGUCAUUACAAACUCCGUAACUUUUACAGCAAACAGUUCCACAAGCAAAAUAUUUAUCCUGACAGGAAGAAAUCACCAGAACUAUCCUCUGAUUGUAGUGCCUCUACAGAACAAAACUCAGUUAAAAAUGAUUCAUGUUCCAUCAGUCAAUCUGAAUGUGUUUUGGAAUCAUCUGAUCACUUACUACCAACCUUUUUGGCUCAGCCCUUAAAUGAGUGUCCCAAGGAUCAAGAUUUAGAUGACACUUCUUCACAGCCAACCAGACAGAUGAGGCUUAAAAAGGCAAUUCAUCUUAAAAAACUAAAUUUCCUACGGUCUCAGAAGUCUGCAGAACAAUGUACUCCAGAUGAAGACACUGCAAGGGAAAUGCAGUCAGAAGUGCAAAGUAGCAUGGAAAGGACAAACAUUGGAGCUACUGAACAAACAGAAGCUAAACAUCUUGUUAGCUCAGAGUGCUUGGAACAAAGUGCUGAACUUGUACCAUCAGAGGAAGCUUCUGAGUCAGGUAGCCAGUUACAGAUUUUCCUUGCAGAGAAACAAUAUCCAUGUGCGUUAUGUGGGAAAGCUUUUAAACAUCCAAGCAAUCUGGAGCUCCACCUAAGGUCUCAUACAGGUGAGAAGCCAUUUGAAUGUAACAUUUGUGGGAAAUGUUUCUCACAGGCAGGAAAUCUCCAGACUCAUUUACGUCAUUCAGGUGAAAAAACCUUACUUUGUGAAAUCUGUGGGAAAAGGUUCGUAUGCUUGGUUGAUGUCCAGCGCCACAUUAUUAUUCACACUGGUGAAAAACCACAUCUGUGUGAUAUUUGUGGUCGGGUAGGUUUUAGUAACUUCAGUAAUUUAAAGGAACAUAAGAAGAACCAUACAAUAGAAAAAAGUUUUCAACCUGUGAUAAUUGGUGAAAGUCAUUUUUACUUACCUCGAAAGUUAGUAAAGCACAGGAGCAGACACACUGGAGAAACCUAUAGUUGCUCAGCUUGUGGAAAAUGCUUUGCAGAAUCUGGUGACUUACGAAGACACAUUCGAACACAUACUGGGGAAAGGCCAUAUAACUGUGAGACCUGUAAUAAAUGCUUCAGUCGUUCAGCUGUUUUACGUCGACACAAAAAAAUCCAUUGUAAAGAUGAUGAUGGAAGUCCAAAUACUCUAGAUGAUUUUACUCAAGCAAUGGAAAUCUCUGAUCUUGAGAAAUCCCAGAGCUCAGACUCUUUUACACAAGAACUAUCAGUAACUUUGUUACCAAUGUCAGUGAAGUUUCCUGUCCAGCCAAGUGGAAAUUCAUCUAGUGAAUUGAACAAUUUCCGCAAGGUGCAGCCCCUAGUACAACAGAAUGAUUGUACAAAUCAACAGAAACUGAAUUUGGAUCUUGUUAAGCUCAGCAAGUCUCAGCAAAGACCUAAUCGGACAUGCUCUUAUAAAGAAAUAGACCCAUCAACUGAGGAAGAACCUUUGCAGUCUGAUGGAAUUCCCUUGCUUCGUUCCUCUGUGAGCACUGUGGGUGGCAACUGUAGUAGUGAACUGAAUAAUCAUAUGUCUUCUAUUGAAUGCAGAAAUAAUGAAGGCCCAUUCUUCUCUAGUGUAACCCUCUGGGGUUUAGCAAUGAAGACUUUACAGAAUGAGAGUGAAUUAGGCCAGUAAAGGGUAGCUGUUACCUUUGUUGAUAUAUAGUACUUCAGCCAAGGUGUUUGACAUAUACACCUUUUAAUUCUUAAUGAUCAUACCUUGACUGGCCUACCUUUAUAGGAUUGUUGUAUAAUAUCUGUAUUAGAGAUAGAGGGCAAAUGAGAAGAAGAACGGUUCACCCAUGGUCAGUUUCUGAUAGAUGAGCUAUUUCUUAAUUUUGGUUCGUUUCAGUGAGGUUUCCCAGAAGAACAUCUGUCUGGAGUUGCACCUGUAUGCAUCAGAAAAGCACCAUUUGCAUUUUGUGUAUCAAGUGUUAUAUAAAGAAAAUGUAUCCCAGGGACUUCAGGUGGACCUGUCCCCCUUUUUGGAGCCUAGGCCAUAUAAAAAAACAGGUGAAAAAUUGCCCCUCAUAUGUCCAAAAAGGCUUUCCAGAACAGUGGUAACACUUUAAAAACAUCCCCAAACUCCUAAAAUAAGCUUACAAUUCAGGGCAUAAAAAAUGGGUGUGAUCCUGGGGCUAAUUUUUAUGCAGGUACAGUUUUGGACUGAAAAUCCCAAGGAGUGGCCCACCACAGGGGAGCCCAGGCAAAAUUAGCUCCCUCUGUACUAACCCACCCCUGCCAUAAUGUCUUAGGUCCAAAACACACUGCAGAAAUAACCCAGUUUGAGACUGCUUUAAAUUCACUGGCUCAAUGCUAGGGAAUCCGUCCAAUUAAAA